AAUGUAGAAGACAUGCUUUGCAAUUUCAUGAUAUGCGAGUGUACUAUCCUAUUUCAAGAAAAGGAACGAAUUCCGAUCAUGAUAAUUAAAAUAAGGAAACUGCCGGCAGUAUGGCACAACUGAAGUCAGCAGAAAAAUGUAUGAAACUCCUGACACAACGUGUUUGUUGUGAUGUUUAUUUGUAUUGUUGUUCCUACGGCGGAUGUAUAUCGUUUAGUUCCUGCACCAAACAUCCAGUGAUCUCUAUUGGCAAAGGAUACAGUUUUCCCGACACCAUGAGCGACAGUGACCGUGCCGUGCAACAGCGAGCUCGUAACAUCCACCCCGAAUGGAGCGCCGAAGAGUAUCACGUGGAAUGAAACGAUUCACCCGGUGGUUCUGCGCUUCCGGUCCACAGAACGGCAAGCUCCGGUACAGGUGCUGUUGCGUGGUUACCGCACUAGCUCUGUUGGUUCUUUGCUACGUUAUUGUUAAUCUACUUGUAACGCAUACGUCCAAAACCGCAUGCCAAAAUAGCUACGAAGUUAUAGAUGUAGUAUAUACCUGGGUAAAUGGAAGUGAUCCUCAGUUUCUGGACGAGCUUGCACGCUAUUCUGCGACGCGUGAUAAUGCUCGGUACGAUGAUAAGAAUGAGCUGCGAUAUUCGCUUCGUUCGUUGGAAAAGUUCGCCCCAUGGAUACGGAAUGUGUACAUAGUAACGAAUGGGCAGGUACCGUGCUGGUUAAAUCUAGAAAAUCCACGUAUCCAAAUCGUACCCCAUGCAGACAUUGCCGAUGAGCAAACGGCACUGCCCACAUUUUCCAGUGCCAGCAUCGAAACGUUCAUACAUCGCAUACCGGGAUUAUCGAGCCGGUUCCUUUAUCUGAACGAUGAUAUCUUUCUCGGCGCACCGCUGGAACCGGACGAUCUGCAAACGCUUGCGGAAGGUGUGAAAGUUUUUACGGCCUGGAUCGUUCCUGACUGUGCACCGGACUGUCCGUGGAUGUUCGUGGGCGAUGGAUCGUGCGAUCGUGAUUGCUACGUGGAAGAAUGUCAGUUCGAUGGAGGCGACUGUGAUCAUCCGGACUACAAAACGGAACGGGAACGGGCGCACCAGCUGCACGAUUACGAAGAUGUUUCCGCACCGGAUGAUGCGGUGGAACCGAUCGAGGAGGAACGUGACCAAAUGUUUAUUGAUGUUCCAAAAAUGUUUCCCCGUAUUUUGCCGAGUAAUGUGCGAACCUCGGAAAACAUUCGUGAUAUUUAUGAAAUGUUUCGUAUGAAAAUGGAUAACGGAAGCACUUCCACGCGGCAGCUCGUGGAGCGGUACAAUAAAGAAAAGAUGAAAUUAAAGAAACGCCAGGCAAAACAUCGUAGCCAGGGACGCGGUCAUCAUCGUACAGCUGAGCAGCAAAAAGCCCUUUUGGGACAGAAUCGUACGGUUGGCAUUAAACCGGAGGAAGGACAGUUACCUUCGAUAGGGGGAAAUUCGACCGUCAAUUCACAGGACAUUUUCGCACACUCGUUAAUCCAUACGAACCGGGUGUUUAAUCGAGCGUACGGUUUCCACAACCGUAAGGUACUGGCCCACGUUGGCUUUCUGUUGGAUGUGCAAAUUAUCGAACGAAUGCUGGAGCGCUUCCCGGACGAGUUUCUCGUCACCAAGCAGCAUCGAUUUCGGGCAAAAGACGACAUGCAGUAUGCUUUCAGCUACUACCACUUUCUGAUGAGCGAAUACACCAACAAAACCGCUGGAGAAAUCUUUGACGACUUCGAUACGGAUGCAUCCGGCACUUGGUCGGAUCGUGAAAUUCGAACACUUCUGACGAAGGUGUACAAUCUUCCACUAGAUUGGUCGGCCGUACGAUACUUUGAAGAGGUCGUUACCAACUGUUCCUUUCGGCAGAACAAUUUUCUUCCACUGGAACACCAGCAAGAGCAGCGUCAGACCUACCCCACACUGGUAUACGAGCGUUACGAGGAUUCAACAAUUCCAACGGUAACAAAAGCAAUGGUGGUGGCCUGUACCGAGCUGGCCGAUAUGAUGCGGAUCAACUUCGGAAGGGUACCGCGCUAUCGGUAUCAUUUAAGCGCCAAAACGGGCAUUUACAGCAACUUCAAGAUGCUUACGUCCAACAUCACACAGGUCGUCGACGCACUUGACGAACUGCGCAAAACACCAAAAAAGUUUAACUGCAUUAACGAUAAUCUCAGCAAUGAUCGGCCGGAAGAAAACCAGCUCAUCACAGCACUGCUGGAGGAUUUCUAUCUUAGCCUCUUCCCAGCACGGAGCAACUUCGAGCUGGAAAGUACGUAUCGGAACCGUUUCCAACGCUACGACGAUUAUCGUUCGUGGCUGUGGCGAAAGACACUGUUCCGCAACACGGUUUAUCUCGUUUGUGGCGUAGUGUUUGUCGUGUGUGCCCGUCUACUGUGCUGCCGCCAUAAGGGUAAGUUUGCACGCACUCUCCUAAUGUUGGGUGCGGCACGAUCAGCAGAUUAUAGCAAUAUUUCUUAAAAUAAAAUCAUGACCAGGGCUUCCGGUAGAAUUGCCCUGAAUUAAUAGCUUUUUUAACAGAUGCUACAAUUGUCCUAAAGGAUUAUAUUGCUUCAUCUUACCUUGUUUUUUGACGACUUUGAGGGAAUUUAUAGUUAGGUUGGAACUGGAUCCUCAAUCAUUUCACAACAAAAUUCCUCUUUCAGAAAUUACGGAAUAGUCUCUAGUCUUUUUAAACGUUCAGUAGGCCUACAAUGACCUAAAAGCAAUACUUUUAUUUGGUUCAAACAGAAUAAAGAACAAUAGAACGCACAGCACCGUC